AUGAAGAGUUUACUUUCCGACCGGUAUGGCUUGUUGAAUGAGAGUGAUAAAGCCAUAAUCGAAAUGAAGAUUUACUUUCUGACCGAAAAGCUGGUUGAAGAGCAAAGAAAUUUUGAUGCUGUGAUUUCUUUAGAGGUGAUUGAGCACGUAGCAGAUCCUGCUGAAUUCUGCAAGUCUCUGGCCGCAUUAACCGUUGCUAAUGGAGCUACUGUGAUUUCAACCAUUAACCGAUCUAUGAGAGCUUAUGCUACCGCCAUCGUCGCUGCCGAGUAUAUACUCCAUUGGCUUCCCAAAGGUACGCAUCAGUGGUCAAGUUUUCUAACUUCUGAAGAACUGGUCUUGAUCUUUUGA